CGCGUGGGACGUCCGGUCGGCAGUCAUAUUCGCACAGCAUUAGCGGCAGCAGGCAGAAGCAGCACCAGCAGACAUGAAGGUCACACUAGCGAUUGCAGCGGCGGCCUUGUUCGUCGCCAUGGCAACCACAGUGGACGCCGCAUCGGAGUGUACUCCAGGAACCACGAAGAAGGAAGACUGCAACACUUGUAGAUGCACUCCAACAGGCGUCUGGGUCUGCACGCGCAAAGGGUGUGUUACGAAGAGAGAGGCAGAGGAGUCGCCCAUCGUGAAACGGGAAGCCCAGAGGUGUACACCCAACUCGACCUUCAAGAAGGACUGCAACACGUGCACGUGCAACAGCAGUGGAACGUCCGCCAUCUGCACCCAGCUGGGAUGUCUCAGCCGCGGCCGUAGACAGUGUACUCCAGGAGCCAAGAAGAAGGAAGACUGUAACACUUGUACGUGCACUGCAACAGGCGUCUGGGCCUGCACGCGCAGGGGAUGUAUUACGAAGAGAGAGGCAGAGGAGUCGCCCAUCGUGAAACGGGAAGCCCAGAGCUGUACACCCAACUCGACCUUCAAGAAGGACUGUAACACGUGCACGUGCAACAGCAGUGGAACGUCCGCCAUCUGCACCCAGCUGGGAUGUCUCAGCCGCGGCCGUAGACAGUGUACUCCAGGAGCCAAGAAGAAGGAAGACUGCAACACUUGUACGUGCACUGCAACAGGCGUCUGGGCCUGCACGCGCAGGGGAUGUAUUACGAAGAGAGAGGCAGAGGAGUCACCCAUCGUGAAACGGGAAGCCCAGAGCUGUACACCCAACUCGACCUUCAAGAAGGACUGCAACACGUGCACGUGCAACAGCAGUGGAACGUCCGCCAUCUGCACCCAGCUGGGAUGUCUCAGCCGCGGCCGUAGACAGGUGAAUUGCACUCCUGGAACGACCUUCAAGGACAAGUGUAACACCUGCCGCUGCAGUUCCAAUGGCAGGAGCGCCGCCUGCACCUUGAAAGCGUGUCCCCCUGGCUCGUAUUAACCAGCGUUCCUUCGUGAAGGUGACUGAUUGUCCGAGAAGUUCUCUGCGGUUAAAUGGAAAUAACGCCAUUUCUGUGAUGCAGAAUCUCUGCAGCGAAUUAUCUUCAUCUAUUUCCAAUUUGUCUUUUGUAAUUUUCUUAUCGUCUUCAAACAUGAAAAAUAAACAUAGUGAUUGUAACCCAUGUAA